GCGUCGUUCGGUUGUUGGGCACGCGGCGCGCGCGCGUGUUUCUCUCUCUUUCUCUCACACUGUCCGUUUGCCGUUUGGCUCCGUUUUGUUAUUUUAAAAAAUAAAUAUACAAAAAAAAACUACGAAUAAUGUGCGAAUAAUGUAAAUUUGGCAUAAAAAUAGCUUAAAAACCAUAAACAAAAUGCACAGCAACUAAGCGAAGGAGAGAAACGAAACGAAAACAAAACAAAAGAAAACUAAACGGGAAAGAUUAAACGACGCCCACGCAAAACAUACAAAACUACACGUAGCCGCUAAGCCGACAACUACAACAACAACAGUAACAACAACAACACUCAACACACUCUACACUCCACAACUGACAACAACAACAACAACAACAACAACGACACUUGGCAGCCGCAAACAUGGAACGUCGCCAAACGUUAGACUCAUCGAUGUCUUCACUCUACUCGGCCAGCUCCUCGAAUCGCCAACAGCAACAACAACACCAACAACAUCACCAGCCACAGUCACAAUCCCAGCUAGACGCCUUCAAUUAUUCAGCAACAAUGUCAUCAUCAUCGCCAACGCCAAGCCAGGCAACCAACUGUUCCUCCCUUCGUGCCACAACCAUCGGCACCGUUGUCGUCCGCUGCGGACCCAUCCAGCUGGUGAUAGCGCUCUUGCAAAGUCCUGAAAAGAUCUACAUCAAAGUAGUUGAGCUGGAGCCAAAGAUCACAGCGCUGGGCGACAAUUUUGACGACUCGCUGCAAAUGCAACGAGAACACGAUGAAACGCUGCGAAAUCUACAGAACCUGCCCGGUCCCAUGGAUGAGUUUGUGCAAAAAGCCGACAAAUUGCUCGCAAGCAAACGCAUCAGCUCAGAGCUGGUCAAUGCCAUGGCCGACACACUGAACAUCAUCUGGCAGGACAUAUUGAAUCUGCUGCAAGAUCGCCAACACAUUCUGCAUCUGUGCACACAGUUUCACGACAAGAUGACGCUGUGUUUCCGUCGCAUGGAUCAACUAGAAGAAGCGUGCAGCGAGUCGAUGACACCCACAGAUGUGGCGGGCGUGCAAGAGUUCCUCAACAAAUUCAAGCAGCUGCGCAUCGACAUGCUGACUGGCGUCAUGGCGGCACUCAAGGAUGGCAACGAGUUGCUGGCACAGCUGCAAGAGCUGGAGAAGCUCGAGACACUGGACACCAGGCCGGAGCACAUCAAGCGCGAUGCCACUCGAGCGGUGCACCAGGUGCAACAGUGGCUCGAGGCGCUGCACGAUCGUCGCAAUGCUUUGGAACUAGCUUGGCAGACGCGCAAGACGCAGUUGGAACAGUGUUUGGCUCUAAAGUUGCUGGGGCGCGAGCUCAUUGAGCUGGAAUCAGCGCUGCAGCAGGCCAGGCAUGAGCUGAACUCCAUGUACAGUUUAGGAGAGUGCGAGCACUCGGCGAAUCAGACUCUGCUCAAGUAUCGCGAGUGGAAGCAACAGGCGCUGCUUUUGCGGGAUCGCGCUUUAAAGAUCACACGCGCCAAGGAGAAGGUGCAAGCAUCCGGUCACUUGGCGGGCGAGGAAGCGUGUGCCAGAGCUUACGCUGUGCUAAGCGGUUGCACCGAGCAUCUGGAUGUUGUGGAUCAGCGCGAGCAUUGGCUGCAACUGUCGCGUGACUUCUUUGCCAAGGCGGAGCAUACGCUCAGCGUUCUAGAGAAACUCGAACUGGAGUUGGCCAGCGUCAAGUUGCCCCCAAAUUCACCCGAGAGUUAUGCCAUGUAUGCGAAGGUGUCGCGUGACGUGCGCAACUUCACGGAGGAGCCACUGCGUCUGGGUUACAGCAUUCUAGAUGAAGUGGGACGCACGCAGCCGGAGACUCAGGGCAUUAAGCGUGUGCUCGAUGAGUUGGAGAAUCGCAAGGCGUACAUCGAGGGCAUCUGUGCCAACAGCAGCGAGGAUCACGAACGUGUGCAGCGUGCACUCAACGAGUUUCUCUCGCAACACAACGAGCUGCUCGCCUGGUUGCGUGCCUCGGGUCAGUUGCAGCUGCAGCAGAGUGUCAACAUGGGUCGCAAUCUGCAGCAGGCCAAACAGUUUCUGCUACAGCAUCACGAACUCAUGCAGGAUCUGGAGAUCAAAGGCGAACUCAUCAAUCUGCUGCUCGAAUCGAUUAAACAGCAUCUGGAGUCGUUGAGUCCGCAGCAACGUUACGAUGUCGACUCCAAGGCGGAGGCAUUGCACAAACAUUGGAUUGAGCUGAAGGAUUUGGUGUUGAAGCGCGUCGAUUAUGUGUCGCUGCUCAUUGAGUUCUUCGAACAGGCCAACGAGCUCUCUAGUCAACUGGAUCAUCUGCAGCGACAGCUGCAACAGACACCAGACGAGCACAAGCUGCAGUUCCUACAGGCCACUUGGGCCAACAUUGCCGGCAGCUAUGCGGAACUCAAAUCGUCCGGCCAGCGAUUCAUCAACUUGAAAAUUGUGGAUCCAUAUCUCGAGACGAAAUCCUCAGUGCAGGCAGUGGAAGAGACGCUGAACGGCUUCAGUAAGCGCCAGAUCGACGUGACGAGCAGUUUGGAAAAUUGGACAACGAACAUUCAGGAGAAGCGUCAAGUCGAAUAUCUACUCGAGAAAGUCAUGAGCGAUAACGAGGAAACUGUGGCCAAGAGCACACAGGUGGAUACCCAGUUGUAUCCGGUGUUCAGCACUUCCAGCUUGGACUCGAAGCAGCUGCUGACGAGCACGAGGGAGAAGCUCUCGUUUGUUACCCAGGACAUUGAGCGUGCCCAGGAGGAGAUACAGCAACGCAUACAGACAACGCUGAGCAUACAGACAAAGGAUCAGCAAUCGCUGUCGAAGAUCGAGCAGGUGAUCAACAAUCUGCGCAUGCUGAAGGCAAAGCUCGAUGGCAUCAAGUACGACUAUCGAACACUGCUGGAGAGUGUGCUGCAAUUCCUCGAGAACAUUGUGCAGCUGCGUCAAGAGAUCGAUGCAUAUUUUGCACGACAACAAGCUGCAUCCACAGCGGGAUCAUCUUCGGGUGUCGAACGUACUAUAGCCGAGCAUGAGAAAUUCCGCGAUCAGUGCAUGGAUAAAUUUAGAUCGUUAAUCACACAAUCCGAACUGCUGAUCGAUCGGGUGCGUGUCUUGGAGCCGCCGGGUGCUCGCGAAAUCGACACUGAUCGCAUUUUGAAGUUGUUGGAGAAUCUGCGCAUUCACUUCGAGUCGAACAGCAGCGCCAGAAUGUCGACACUGGAGCGUCUCGAGAAGCUCGAGCAAUUCCGCAACGAUCUCGAUGACAUCGAUCGCAGUCUGGACAGCGUCAGCAAGCAAUUGCACGAUAUUAAUGGACAGAGUGUGGAUAGUCUGGCCGCAGCCAAGACCACGUCGCUGGCAUUUGAGUACUUUGAACGAACCAUUGAGCUGCUUGAGAAGCGCAUUGAAAAGUUUACCGAGUCGACGAGUCAACAGCUGCUGAUCAGCAACCCGGAAAGCGAAGCGUAUGUUAAGGACGAGCUGCGCAAGCUCAACGACAAGUGGCAGAGCUUCAAGGAGCAGGUGAAGCAGAAACGAAAGAGCCUCAAUCAGGCCAAUGAGUUCUUCGAGGUUGUCGAAAAAAUCGAUGCAGAGUACCGCGAGAUCAGCUACUUCUACAAUAGCGUCUCCAAUAAGGUACCGUAUCUGCGCGAUCCCGUCGAGGCCGCCAAUCUGGUCAAUGAUAUCGAAAAGUAUGUGACCAGUCGUGAAUCAGCGCUGCGCUCGAAGUUGGACAAUGCUUCACAGUGUGCUCAUGAUAUGAACAAAGUGUCCAGCUUGUACAACGACGUGAUGAACAUUUUCCAAUCGUUCGUCAAGUUAAAGUUGGAUAUCAAUAUUGUCAUUGAGCGUCUGAAGCAGGAGCAACGUCAGCGAGAACAACGCGAGCGUGAGGCACGCGAUCAAGCCGAACGGGAUCAGGCAAUACGCGAGGCCGAGGCUCGGGAGCGAUUAGCGCGCGAGGAGCAAACACGUCUGGAGGCGCAACGUCAGCAGGCGGCCAUCGAGCAGGCACAGCGUGAGCUGGCUGCUAGGCAGUUAUCACUGCGUGAACAGGCGGUGCGCGAAGAGGAGGCGCGCUUGCAGGCGGUGCGCGAACAGGCGGCGAGAGAGCAGUUGGCAAGGGAGCAGGCGGCGCGCGAAGAGGAACAACGCAUCCAAACACUGCGAGACAUUGCUAAGCGUGAGGAGGAGUUGCGACUGCAGACGCUACGUGAGGAGGAGGCACGUUUGCAAACGAAACGCGAGGAAGAGAUACGUAUCAAGCGUGAGGAAGAGUUGCGCCUCAAGCGCGAAGAGGAAUCACGCCAGAAACGUGAAGAGGAAUCGAGACAGAAGCGCGAGGAAGAAUCACGCAUACAACGCGAGGAGAUUACACGGCUGCAAACACUGCGCGAUCAGGUGGAUCAACAGCGCAUUGUUACCGAGAACAUACGCAAGGACAUCCAGGUGAAUCAGAUUUUCACCGAGCUGCGCUACGCUUCACCACACUUCGUGCGUCCGCUGAAGGAUGCCUUGACACGCGAGGGCGAUCGCUUUGUGUUCGAGUGCGAAGUCACUGGCACCCCAGAGCCGAGUGUGGAAUGGUUCAAGGAUGGCAUUAGCAUACAGAGCAAUGCUGACUAUAAGACCAGCUUCGACAAGGGCAUUUGUCGCCUGGUCAUCGAGGAGACCUUUGCCGCUGACACCGCUCGCUUCAGCUGUCGUGCUUCUAAUCUGGUGGGCACCUGUGAUACGAAUGCCACGCUUACGGUACGUGAAAAUGCCGCCGAGCUGCAGCUGGUGCCGCCUCGCAUUGUGCGCUUCCUGGAGAGUGGCAAAGCCACCGAAGGCACCUCCUUCCAGUUUAGCUGUGUAGUUAGCGGUGUUCCUCUCCCCACAGUGCAGUGGUUUAAGAACGACAAGUGCAUCGAUGACUCGCAGGAUUAUGUCAUCAGCUACAACAAUGGCGAGGCGACGUUGCGCUUCGAAGAAGUCUUCCUUGAGGAUGACGCGGUCUACACGUGCAGCGCCUCGAAUCCCGCGGGCAUUGAACACUGCUCGGCUAGUCUCAUUGUGGAACCUUUGGAGCCCACUGAGUUGCCCUGCUUCAAGUUGCCGUUGCAGAAUGCCAUGGCACGCGUUGGCCAGAAAAUCAAGUUGGAAGCUUUGGUCUCGGGCAUUCCCAAGCCAGAUAUUUACUGGCUGCAUAAUGGUAAACCCUUCCAGCCACGCGACCUCAAAUACGAAAACGGUCGCGUUACGCUAAUAAUCCCACAAGCGUAUCCAAACGACGCCGGAUCCUACGUGUUGAGUGCUAAAAAUCUAGCUGGCGAGGCAUACAGCCAUUGCAACAUCAUUGUCAAGGGACGCCUGCCAAACGAGACGUCCGAUUCCGAGAUGGCCAGCGACAUCGAACCCAUUCGUCCGGCCGUCCACAUGCCCCUCAAGGAUGUCUCCAUGUUCGAGGGCAAACCCGUGCGCCUGGACUGCGUGAUUGUCGGACAACCCGAACCGGAGGUCAUCUGGUAUCACAACGAACGUCCGGUGAAGGAGUCUGCCGAUGUGCAGCUGCUGUUCCAGGGCGAUCGCUGUUCGCUCUUCAUACAGGAGGUGUAUCAGGAGGAUGCGGGCAACUACAAAGUAGUGGCCAUCAAUUCGGCUGGUGAAACGUCGAGUAGUUGCGAGCUGAAGGUCACGCCGUUGAACAUCGCUGAGCCAGCCACUAGGGCACAAGCUGAACGUCAGUCUAUGCCCAAGGAUGCGCAGCCCAAGUUCGAACGUUUGCUUUCAGAUGCGCUCGCCGAUGAAGGCGAACAGGUGGUUCUGGAGGUGCAGGCUAGUGGCGAUCAACCGCUGCGCGCUCAGUGGUAUUUGACAAACAAGGAGCUGCAGCUGAACGAACGCGUAACGGCGCAAUCGAAUCCCGAGGCGGGCAUCUUUAAGCUCAUACUGAACAAUGUGGAGGCCAAUGACAAGGGCGUUUACACGGUGAAGGUGUCCAACAAUGCUGGCGAUGCCAAGUGCUUCUCACAUUUGAUUGUCAAGUCCGUCAACAUGCCAGAGAAUCGUCGCGGUAGUCAAUCAUCAGUGGAGAUCGUUGAGCGUCAUCUGUGUCCCGAGUUCAAGGAGCUGUUUAGCGAUAAGCAGGCGCAGAUCGAUGAUGUGGUCAAGUUCGAGUGCAUUGUAGUGGGCAAACCGACGCCCAAGGUGCAUUGGUAUUUCAACGAUCAGCCAGUGCAUGGACACAACUUCUUGGUUUCAACCAGCGGUGAUCGUCAGGUUCUCACCAUACAGCAGUUAACACACGAUGCUGUGGGCAAGAUCAGCUGUGUGGCCGAGAACGAGGCGGGCAAAGCCACCUGUGUGGCCUUCCUCAACAUCAUUGGCAGCGGUUUGCCCGCUUCCAGUGAUGUGCAGACAAUGACCCAGGAGCACAAUACCGAAUCGUCGCGUGUGACCAUCAAGAAGCAAACGUUUACCACCACCUCGACAUCGCAGGUUAAUUCCUACGAAGGAAAUGUGCCACAGACCGAGGUGCAUCACUCCUCGGCGCACAUUGAUCAGUCGCUCAAGCAGCUGGGACAACAGCGACCCGAGAUUGUCGAGAGUCAUCACUACCAGGAGCUGCACAAGAGCAAGGAGAUGAGCAGUCCCAGUGUACAACAGAAAUCCUUUACACUAGUCCAGUCCUCCAACGGUGUGCCAGCUUUACCCGAUUCCCCUACACGUCUCCGCAAGGAGAUUGCACCACGUUUCACCACCCCGCUGACCGGUAAAAUUGUGGAUCAGGGCGCCAAUGUGAGCAUGGAAGCUAUCUACGAUGGUUUUCCAUCACCUGAGAUUAAAGUCGAGAAGAAUGGCGAUCAAUUGUUUGACAAUGAGCAUACUAAGAUUUCCAACAAAUUCAAUCGCGUCACCAUUGAGUUGAAGGAAGUGAAUGUGGCCGAUGCUGGACGUUAUGCGGUGACUGCCUCCAACACUGUGGGUCAAUCCACCAGCACAGCCGAUCUGGUUGUCAAAAAGACCAUCUUUCCGCCAGUCUUCGGUCGUCGUUUGCAGGCGCAGGUUAGCAAAAAGGGCGAGAAAUUGAUCAUGGAAGUGGAGGUGACAGGAUUGCCAGAGCCAACGGUAACGUGGCUAAAGGAUGACAAGCCCAUUAAGGAGGCUGGACUGUCCGAGCAUCGUCUGCUUGCCCAAGGCAACUCAUACAAGCUGAUCAUCGAGAGAGCUCAAACCUCCGACUCGGGCAAGUAUAUGGUGAAGGCGACAAAUGCUGGCGGCGAGGCCAAGAGCAUCGCUGACUGCGCCAUACUCGAGCCAUCGCCGGAGCGUAUGCAGGAGGUGGUCAAGACGAUUGUUUACGAGACAACACCGGCGACAAGUGAAUUCAAAACUGAAAACCAGUUCAAUAAAGAGCCACAGUCAUAUCAGACAAAUCAGAGCGAUUCAACCACUGCCAAUGAUCUGCAUGGUCUCUCCGAAUCGAAAGUGAUCACUGAGCAUCGUUGCACCACCGAGGCAACGAUGCGUCUAGAGCACAAAUCGAACUAUCUCGACCUGCCCGAGCUGACAGCGCGUCCCAAGACACCCACCAACAACAACAACUGGCAUCACACCACCACAACAACAACAACAACCACCACAAAAACAACAACAACCACCACAACAACAACAACAACCACCCAACAAGUCCCACCGCCUGUGCCACCCAAGCCCUGUGCGCCUGUUGUGGCCACCUCCUUUGGCCAGUCGGAGCAACCGCCGCAGAUGCAGACCCAAAUCAAUACCCGAUACGAGAGCAGCACCAGCGAACACAAAACCUCCUCGUCCUUUGAGUAUUUCAAGAAAAUGGAUGAGGAAACCAUUACACAACGACCCAAGCCAUUGGCCCAGAAGCCCAUCGAGACGGUGGUACGCAAGCCCCAAGCGCAAUCAUUGGCCGAGGAAUUGCGAAGCAUGAAUCUGAUACCCGGAGCACCGCCAGAGUUUUGUUACACACCCAAGGGUGAGGUGCAAGCACCGCGGGUGCCGCUCAUACAGGACAAGAUCAAGAUACUCGAGGAGGUGCAGCCAAAGGAAACACCACCACAGGGUGGUGUGCCCGUCUUUCCGCUGCCCAUGAAUCUGCAGAGCGUGCAACACGAGACAACAAUGACCAAGGAGGUCAAGGUGGAAUACGGGCAGCCAAUUCUGCGUCCUGCGGCAAUGCUUGCGACGCCCGCACAGCAAAACCCACGUUCGCCAUCCCCAAAGCCAUCAGCUGAAGGUGUGGCCAUGUCCAAGCUGUGGACUCCAGCAGGUGUCAGCGGUUACUCUAGCGAUCUGGAACAAAAGUCUGAGAAGCAGACCAUUAUCACCAAGCUGGCAACUCCCACGCCCACCAAGGAGCUGAAUGCUCCAUUCCUGGUGCAGCAGGUGGCCAAGACCAUAACGCCAGCGACACCUCCAACUCCAGCACCAACGCCAGUCACUCGUCUGGUCAACAUCGAGCUGGAGCCAGGCACCCCACCAGAGAUCUGCUUUGCACCUAAGCCGCAAGCGGAGGAGGUGCGACGUCAUUCGCUAGUCGAUUCGAUGGAACAGAAACUAGAACAAAAUCUCGUGCAGGGACCCAGCAAAGUGUUGCCCCAUUCGGUGCCCACUUUAACGCCCGCUGCGGCACCACUCAAGCCCAAUGGCUCCAUCUAUCGGCCACCGCCACCAGUAAUGCCCAAUCGUCUGGGACCCAGCUAUGAGAGUGACUAUGAGAGCGAUCGCUACAAGUACAGUGGCAGCGAAUCGGAUGAGCCACGUGCUCGCCAGCAACAGGCUACCAUGGAGACAUCGUUCAAGUCCAGCGGCUAUGCUGCCGACACCGAGGAACACUCGAGCUAUCGCAAGUCGGAGACCAGCUUCUACGAGACCAAAUCUUCGUCCUCGACAACAACGGCACCACCCAAGUUGCAACCUGAGCCACCAGCUCAGAUCUACUUUACGCCUCAGGCUCAGUCUCAGCCUCAGCCACAGCAUCAGAAUCAACAAUCGUCGAGUUACAGCCAGGAGGCGAAGAACUACAAGUACAGCUCUUCGUCGAGUAUGCAGCAAAGCAGCAGUUCAACUCACCACGAGACCAAGUACACUUCGAACACGAUGCCGUUGAUCACACCAAGUCCAGUACCAGCACAGCGCAAGACGCCAGCUGCAGAGUUCAGCGACUACAGCAGCGAAGUGGAUGAACGCUUCCGUUCAGUGUCGCGGGCCAACGAGUCGGACACAGACAUUAAAGGGUAUCGCGUUGUGUUCCCACCGACACCAACUCCUCGCACCAACAUUGCCAAUGGUCACAAGUCGCCUGUGGUUGUGGUGACGCCAUCGCCCAUGGAGUUUGAACCCACACCACCUGAAGUGGGCAGCUACUCGCGUCCCAAAUUCGAACCGAUUGGCAAGGAAAUACGCCACGAAAUUCGCACAGAGUCCAGCUCCAAACAGUCGAGCUUCAAGUCAAAUCAACAGCAGCCGCAACAUGUCUUCAAGCCAAAGCCUGUGGCAGCCAAAUUUAUAGCUGCCACACAGCAGCAACAACAGCAGCAACCACUGCCCAGCUCGAGGCCAACCAUGUACUACAAUGCAGUUGCUGGCGCUCCCAUGCACACUGCCAAGGUGGCCCACGAGACAAAGAACGUGAUGCAGAUGCAUGAAUCGACAGAGAGUUCCCAGCGCAUUGUCAACAUGCAGCAGACCAAGCGAGUGAUUCACUUUGACAACCAACAGCAGCAACAGCAACAGCAGCAAUACAUGCAACCUCUGGAGCCUUUCCCCUACAGUCCGGCGGGUAGUCGCACUCCAUCGCGGCAAUCACACUUGCCACCGCCGGCCACACCGACCAAAUUCAUACCCGGCGAGUUCCGGGAGAGCGACUACGAGAGCGAGGUGGAGGGAGCACGCAUUCAACCGCUUUGGUCUCCAUAUGGCGAUGGCCUGACCAAGGGCUAUCGUCGUGUGGCGCCUCCGCAGGGCGGCCGCUCCUGCAGUCUGCCGCGCACCUACGAGCGUGUGUUGUCACCCAUGGAGUUUGAUCGCGGUCCCGAGAUGCCCAGCAAGAUCCAUGUGGAUGUAAAUACGCUACGCAAGGAGCAACGCGGCGGCAGCACAGUAACCACACAGCAUCGCACACAGUCCCUCAAUCGCAACAGCACCUUGAGGCAGCAGCAGUACGGACUGGAUCAGACAGACAAUCAACAGCAGCUUCAGCAACAACAACAGCGUGGCGGCACCUUGCCGCGUUAUGGCUACAACACGUUGCAACAGCAGGCAGAGGGUCAGGGCAAACGCAUGGGCUCGACGUUCCUGCAGAAGUCACAUCAGUUUGUCGAGGAUGUCAGCAGGGAUAUGCAGAGUUCGACGGGAUUGCGUCCCGGAUUCAGACGUGCUCCCAGCGAGGGCAGCAAUCAACCCCAGGCUUACAGGGAUGAAUCGCGCGUCUCCCAAUACGGCACCAAAUGCGUCGAUCCCAAUACCGGUUUAAUCUAUUUCAAAUAUGACUUUGGCUACGAGUUCGGGAUACUGUUUCCCGGCGAGGGUCACAAGUUUGUGAGCAGCCAGUGGAACAGCAAAGGCAGCAGCAACACCAAUGGCAUCGGUUCGAGUGCCCAACAAAGCAAUGGCACCCCACACGCGUCGUAUCCCUUGAAACUUGCCGCUGGCAAUGAGCUUGUGAUACCCGUGCAACAUGAACGCACCAACAAUAAAAACAACCUGAACACCGGCUACAGCUCCGAUAGCGAGGCUCAACGUCGCACAGCGUUUUCGCCACGUUUGAGAGCGGCGGCACCGCGAUUCGCCCACAAACGCUACAGUCUACCGAGCAAUCACAGCCUCGACAUCCAUCUCGAUCGGUUGCACGCGCAGGCGCCGCGUCUGCCGCCCGAGCAGAUGGUGCGCACAGUGCCGGAAUUGCCCAAUACGGAGCCCGUCAAUGCCCAUUUGAAUCGCGAUGAGCAGGCACAAAGGCCACCAUUAUUCAUAACGCCCCUGAAAGAUAUUGCGGUGGGCGUGGGCGGCACGGCGAGAUUCGAGUGCAUUGUGCAGGCGCAUCCGCAGCCGCAGGUCAACUGGAUCCACAAUGGCGGCCAUUUGGAGCAGGGCAGCCCGGCCGGGCAUAUCAUUGAGUACCGGAACGGUGUGUGCCGCCUCACAUUGCCCCAGGCUUAUCCGGACGACAAUGGCAGCUACGUUUGCACAGCCGUUAAUCCGUUGGGCGCCGCCAGCACAACCGGAAAUUUGAACGUUUCGAGCACAAAUCGCGGAUUUAGAUACUAAGCGAAUACUACAUACUUAUUUGUAUACAUACAUAUUAAUCGUACGAUAUUUAUUUAUUUAUUUUAUGAUUUGUUCAUGCCAAAGUUUUUAAAAAAUCUUUUAUCUCUGUGUGUGCGUGUCUCUAAUUCAAGUUAUACCAAAAACCAAAAAAAAAAAAAAAAAAUGCAGUUCGUUUGGAUUUCUCUCAACGUGUUGCGCAUCCUCUGAUCCUCCGAUCGCAAAGGAUCAUUUAACUAGCCGCAACCUACGGUCACGUUCAUACCGAGAGAUUAUAGUAUUACUUUUGUUUUUGUCGAAAAAUCAUAAUAAAUCAAUUUGAAAACGAAUGCAAAGUUGUUUC